AUGGUACCUCAAAAUUGGGGUGAUCUUACGGUGGAUUCUCAAGUGCAACUGGUCUUUUCCAUGGUUUGUCGUGGGGACACCCCAGCUGGACCUCAUCUAGUUCAAAGUGCUGACAGAAGAGGGGCAAAGAUUUGGGUGCAUGGUAGUCUUCCCUCUGGUCAGCUGUUGGGGGGUCUUGGCCUACAGGUGACUUCUUUGAGUCCGAUUCAUCUCAGCAUUGUGGAUUCCUCCUAUGUGUACGCCAUUCCGCCUUGUGUUCGCUUUGGUCUGUUUCAGGUUGUCGAUCUCUGCUGUGGACUUGGUGGCUUCUCGUGUUUGCUUGGCAGGGUUGGCAUGAGACUGAAGUUUGGAGUAGACCAUAACGCUAAGUGGGAGCCUCUUUUUCGCUUGCUUCAUCAGCCUGAUGCUUGUUUCUUGCAUGGUGAUAUCAAUGAUCCGGCCAUUGUUCGAACCUUGGUUGAAGGAGGUUGCCUCCAUGGUGUUUUGUGUGCAGGAAUCAGCUGCAAUGCUCAUUCCAUCUUGGGUGAUCAGCUUGGCAUGAGUGACCCACGUUCACUGAGCUUACCAAAGGCUCUUCAGACAGCCUACAUGUUGCAAUCCGCUUGUUUUGUCCUUGAGUGCACCCCUGCCAUCAUGAGAGAUCAAGAAGCACAGACCAUCAUCAUGAAGUUUGCUGAAGCAACAGGGUACAAAGUUUCCCAAACAUUGGUCCAGCUUUCUAACUCUUGGUGCAGUCGGCGUGAGCGUUGGUUUGGCUUGUUUUGUGCUCCGCUGUUGGGUGCCUGCAAUCUUGUGGAUUUGCCUGCCUUGAAUGUCUGUCCAGUGGUCCGAGAUCUGAUGCCUGUCAUGCACACUUGGCCUGAACACGAACAAGCGCAGAUCAGUUUGAAUCUGUAUGAGUUGGCAAAGUACUAUAGCUAUGCCUCAGGUGGGAUUGCAAAUGCCUUUUUGCAGCCGGACGGCAAACUGCCUACUCUGUUGCACAGCACUGGCAAUGCUCUCUAUGAUUGCAGUUGUGGUUGUAGACCUGCUUUGAGUGAGGCUAGGGUGCAGAAUCGGGGAUUGAUUGGUAUCCUUGUGCCUACAGGAGGUUCACAGGUCCACAUGAAUCAGGUGAUGGAACACUGUAGGUAUUUGCACCCUGAAGAAAUGUGGUGUCUGAUGGGUGGAAUGCCAGGGCUUGAUUUUGGACCUCACUUGCGCUUGGCCAUGGGUGGAAUUGGACAAGCUGUUUCUCCAAUUGCCGGGCUUUGGAUUUUCGCCCAAAUCCGUCGCCAUUUGGAUUCCUUUUUGGAUUGCACUGACCGUUUGUGCCCUCACCAGGUCUUGUCUGCGUAUGUCCAUGAAGUGAAGCAGCGGUGUCUUGCAAAGUGGCCUCCCCCGAUCCCCCCUACUGUGCCUGACCCCAUUGUUGAGGUUGACGCUGAAAUGCUUGAGCUUGACUUGGUUUGUCCUGCUGAUGGUGACGUCAUCCAAACCAUCAGAUGUCCGACUGGCACCACUUGUGCUCAGCUUGUUGCUGCUGAAGCCAAGCUUGGAACGUUGGACUUUGACUUUGAGGUCACCGUGAAUGGUGAUCCCAUUGACUUGAACAAAUCGUUGGAUGAAAAGGUGCUUGUGACGUUGGUGCCUUCUGGAUGGGAUGUGCGGUCGCAGUAUGUAGAAGCUGUUGCGUGCUGUUUGGAUGAAGAUUGCACUGCUGAAGGGGACAGGCUUGGAGCGGUAGUGGCUCCUGGCGCUGAAGUGACCAGCAUUGGCCAGCUCUUGGACUUGCGUCGCAUUGUCAUGCCCCAGGCGCAGCGCCUGGAGAUCCUUUCGCGUCAGGGACCUACAUGGGGUGAUGAUGAGUUGCUCUAUUGGCUUGAGCACUGUGCAACUUCGGCUGAUGAGCUGCAGAAUGUGGUUGUUUGGGAUCCUUUGUUGAUUUCUGGACUUGUGCUUGUUGACAACCCUGGCACAUGGGCGCAGCUCACUGCAGUGUUGGCAAAGGUUGUGACGGUGAUUUCUGCAGUUGUCAUUGAUCAGCAUUGGGUCCCUUUGGUGUGGAGACUUGAUGAGGUUGGUUGCAAGCUCUUCACUGGCUCCAUCAAGGAGUCUCAUGGUUCAGUGAUGCAGACCUUGGCACAGAUUCCUGGACUUGGUAGGAAUGGACAGCUUGGUGUAUGGACUUCUUUGGAUUUUGGAUUUCAGGUCACUUCCCACUGUGGUGCGGCUGUCAUUGCGUUUGUGCGUCAUUUACUGUUGGAAACCCCAAUGCCUCGAUCACAGGAUGCUGUGAACUCUCUGGCUAGUGCCUUGCGUUUGGACUUUGCCUCUGGGUUGCUUCAGCAGUGCAUGGUGCCCCGUCUUGCUGGUCUUGGUCAGGUUGACUUGGAAGCGUUGUGUGCUUUGUUGGUUCAACAAGGGGUUGCUGGUGAUGAAGUGAAACUGCGUGCUCAGACCCUUCUUUGUGCCUUGGGGGAUGGACCUGUUGCCAAAGCGCUUACUGCAGUCAAUCCUUGGCGGGAGCUCAAGUGGCUAGCAAACCAGCAGAGGCCACCGUUCCUGAUUGUCAAGCCCUCAGAAUUGAAUGAAAAGGUGAAACAGCGACAGGGCAAGGGAUCAGUUGGUCAGAAAUCACAUAAACAUGCCAAAGGCAAAGGAAAAGGCUCAAAGCCAGGGGUUGUGUCGUCCUUGGAUCCUACUCGACUUCGCUUGGAACUUGGUUUGCUUCAGAGCACUGAUGGGACCCCGCUUGCUCAGGUGUCUUUGCCCCAAGUUGCAUCGCAUGUCUCUGGAGUUGUGUUGACCACUUUGGCUUUGGCUGGACCGUACCUUCGGGCAGCCAGCAUCGUGUCCACUGGUGCACUUGCGUUCUUUUUGGUUGACACUGUCCUUCCGCUGACUUCGGGGUUGCGUUCCACGGUUGUGACUUUGCCUUUGAUCUGUGCUGAGAAUUCCGAACCUUUAUUGGUGGAAGGUUUGUUGGUUCAACUUGGUGCCACCCCGGUUUGUCGUCCGGAUUCCACAGUUGGCUGUCAGGUUCAGUCUAUCCCGACUUGCGUCGUCAAAUUCAUGGUGUUUCGGGACAUGAUUGUCGGUGAUUGGAAUCAGGUUGUGGCUCAUCCGUUGCAGUACAUCAUCCAAAAAGUUUGUCCUUUGCAGGUUUGUUCGGAUGAAGAGUGUCCAGGGUGUGAAGCUUGGCACCGUACGGAUCAGUUUCCAGUUGAUUCUCCUAUCCUUGAAGUUUGGGGUCGGCAGUGGAUGAAACAGACCUUUGCCUUUUGCAGUCCUGAAGAAGCUGAAGUUUAUGCUGUUCACUUGAGGCUUCCAGAAACGCUUCAAAUUUCUGUGCAGGAGUUUAGUGGUACCCAAGGGGUGUUUGCUGAACCCAAAACGGUUUGUGGCCGAAAACCCUCAACGGUUUUUCAGGUCAUUUGGACUCCACGUACUUCCUUGAGUCAGUUGGUCAUGCAGAGACAGACACUGCCUGAGGUCUGUGGCGUCGCACGUCUUGGGGCCAAACUUGGCUUGAGAUGCAGAGUUGAACAUGCGGCUGCUCUCUCAGCCAAGAUCCGUCCUGAACAGGUCUUUUUGCCAGCAGGUGAUCGAAUGACUUUUCUGGUGGGUCCAAUGCCUUAUGGUACUUUGCGGUCAUCCCUGACCAAGACACUGGGUGAUUUCGGAUGGACUGUCCGUCCUUUGCAGCCGGUUUCCACUGGGACACAAGUGCAGGGGCUCAUGUUUCGGGUCCAAGCCAUUGCAGAACCCCCCAAAAAGGUGCUGAGGAUGUCGCAUGGAGAUGUGGUCGUGACUCGUGAAACGGAAGUUGCCCAAGUUGCACCUGCUCUGCCGUCAGUUGUGGCUUCUCACAAUACUGUCUCCAAGGCCUCCUCUGACCAGAUGGUUGAUGAGCUGCAGAUUCAUGAUCCCUGGGCAAAGCCAGGCCCCAGGACUCAGAAGCUUGCACCGCAGACAGUGCACUUGCACAAUCCUUUGGAAGACAUGGAACAACGAGUGGUCUCAGCAGUGUUGGCGCAGCUCCCUCGUGCCAGCAUGGAUGUUGACAGUGAAGGGACUCAUGAUCCCAGGGUUGAUCACCUUGAAAAAGAGAUGCAUGAGCUGAAGCAGCAUGCCCAAUGCUUGCAGGAAUCCAUGUCCCAACAUGCGGCUGACCACAACAAGCAACUUCAUGAGGUUCGUGACCAGAUGCAGCAGCAGGGUACAUUGCCCUUUUUGCUUUGGUUCGUUUUGGCGCUCAUGACAUGGUAUGGCAGCUACAUGGCCGUUCCGGUGGUCUUCAUGUCUUUUUGGAUUUUGGCUGUUCAGUCGCUUGGGUCGGGGAAUGCAGGUUGUGUGCAGCUGCCUUCUUGCACUUGGCCCGUUGGCUGGACUUGGACUUAUGCCUGGGCUUUUGGGAAAGAAUCAGGUGCGGUUCAGAGUUCCCGACCAGUUCGAAGGAGCUGGUUGUUCUUUGCGAUUUUGAGUGGACUUCUUUUGCGGGUUGGGGAGGCAUCACAUCCGGGGCCCGAAGGGAAUGGCAUCUGGACUUUUGGAAUUGCCAACCCUUCGGGUCUGAAUACGAAGGUGGAUCAAGUCGCUCACAUGGGCGGACAUGCUUGGAUCUUGAGUGAAACCCAACUCUCUGUGACUGGGGUCCGAGGUUUUGUUAAGGGGUUGAGAGCUGUGCAGUCUCCUUGGCAAUCGGUUGUUCCAGGUGCUCCUUGUCCCUCAAGGAAUCAGUAUGGCACAGGUUCGCAUACAGGUGUCAUGCUGCUGAGCCGAUUUCCAGCGCGAGCCUUGCCCCAACAGUUUGCUGAACAUACCUACAGCACAGCCAGGUUGCAGGUUGCCGGGAUGGUGGUUGGAGACACAUGGAUUACGGUUGGGAUGAUGUACGGUGUCACUGCCAAUGCACAACACAAACAGGCCAGGUAUACCACUGAGGUCUUGUUGGCCGAAUUGGUUGAACGAGUUGGGUAUCAGAGCACAGGACCAAGGAUCAUAGGUGGUGAUUUCAAUUUUGCAGCAACCGAGCUUGACCAAACACAGCGCCUCUUGGACUUGGGCUUUAGAGAGGUGCAAACACUUGCAGCACUUUGGGGGGGGCGGUCGGUUGUUCCUACGAGUCGAGGACGGAAGUGCAUUGACCAGCUUUGGAUUUCUCCUGAGUUGCAGGCACUGCUGACUGACGUCCAAGUACAUCAUGACAUGUGGUCUGACCAUGCUGCAGUUGUGGCUUCUUUUCGUUCACCGGGGGGUGGGGUGUUUGACUACUGGCGUGUUCCUCAGCAGUAUCCUUGGCCAUCUGAUUGGACUUGUUCAGUUGAUUUUGAUGUCGAGGGUGACUUGACAGCUGAGUAUGCCAAGUUUUGGAAUCAGGUUGAAACGCAAGCGCAAUUGUGGAAUUCGCACCAUGGACUUGUGUGCAAGCGCUCUCAACUUGGCAGGGGUCAAACUUUGGAAACGGUCCCUCGAAAGCCCUAUCAGGUACCCCGCCGAAAAGCCAGAGUGGGCGAGGUUGCUCCGACUUUCCUCGGGGUUAGCCUCCAACAUGCCAGGUAUUUCAAACAAUUGAGGCGUCUUCAAGCCUUGUCUCAACAGCUUAGGUCUGGACUUGGUACCUUGAAUUCUCAGUUGAACCGAGAGGCUACUUGGAGGGCGAUCCGGUUUGCAGCGGGCUUUCCUGGAGGAUUUGGCAUCUGGUGGGGCGUGCAGGGGUUGAGUCCCGUCUGGCCGGUUGGACUUCCGUUGGUGUGCCCUUCUGCUACUGACCUUGGGGCUAUGUUUGAGUCUAUGGCGGCAUGGGUUAAGCAAUAUGAGAUCCGUCUUGCCCAGCGCAGAUAUCAGUUUGGCAAACAACGUCGCGUUGAUAGCCUUAAAUAUGUUUUCAGUGACUGCAAGCUUGCUCCUGCUCCACAGGUUGAUACUUUGAUUGACCGUCUUGAGGUGGCCAUAGAAGAGGUGCGGGUAGAGGAGAGUGCACUCGUGUUGGUGCGUGCGGUUCGGUUGUUGCCUGACCUUCCCGUUGUUGUCCAAGGGCGUGUCAUGCAGGUCAUCCAUCAUGAGGCCGAUCAGAUUUGGGUUGAAGAUGUGUCGGGGGUCGUCGCUGGCCAGUUGCUGAUCCAAGAAAAGGCUACCACAUCUGAGGCCGCUAUUAUUGCUCGGUUUCAUGAUGUUUGGGAGCCCCGCUGGAACAAAGCCCAUCAUGUUUCACCGGGGCAAUGGGAUCAAAUCUGUGGUUUUGCCGAGCGUGUGAUGAAACCACUUGAGUGGCAGUCGCAACCUUGGACUUUGCAGCGAUUUGUAACGGCUGUUUCGCGCAAGAAGAAAACGUCUGGAAGGGGUCCGGAUGGGGUUUCACAGCCUGACCUGGCUGCACUUCCUGCUACGGCAGCGGCUGCUUGUGUUUCUAUGUUUGAAGCGGUUGAGGGGGGCAAGCGUUGGCCUGAGCAACUGGCCGCGGGCUAUGUCAAUAGCCUGGCAAAACACCUUCAAGCCCAACAUGUUGAUGAGUUUCGGCCAGUUACGGUGUACAGCCUUCUUUACCGGAUUUGGUCCACAGAGAGAGCCAGGGAAGCUCUCAGAACUGUUGCAGCGGUGAUCCCAGAUAGUGUUCAGGGCGGGGUACCGGGGAGGCAAGCCAAAGCCAUCUGGUAUGAUGUGGCACAGACAUUGGAAUUUGCGUUUCUUGAUGGCUGUGCGGUGCAUGGUGUGUUGUUGGACAUUUCCAAAGCGUUCAACGCUAUCCCUAGGUAUCCCCUUUGGUUUGCACUUCGGCUCAUGGAUUUUCCUGUCGGUGUGAUGCGGGCUUGGUGUUGCUUUGUGUCGGCCCAGACACGUAGGUUCAAGGUACGGCAGGCAGUUGGCAAAGCAGUGGGCUCCAAUUGUGGACUUCCUGAGGGGUGUGGCCUAUCUGUCUUUGGUAUGAUCAUUGUUGAUUGGCUUUUGGACUUGUGGUUAGCUCAGCUGAACAAAGGGAUCAACUUGAAGGCAUUCAUCGAUGACUGGGGGCUGAGAUUCCACUCAGUUUUGGACUUCCCCUUGCUGUGGCCUAAAGUUCAGGACUUUGUGACUGCCAUGGAUUUGUUGUUGGACUUGAAGAAAUCGCGCCUCUGGAGUACAGAUGGUGCAGCCCGAGCUGACUUGCGUGAUUUUGAUGUAACACUGGCUCACUUUGCCCGCAACCUUGGGGCUCACCAGAACUUCACACGUCACUGUUGGAAUUCUGUUCUCCAAGAGCGCCUGCGCACCAUGCCUCAGGUUUGGACUUUGUUGCGUGCCAGUUUGUCUCCCUAUCACCUCAAGCUCAAAGCACUGCCAAUUUUGGGGUGGCCCCGUGCGCUUCACGGGAUUGCGGUCGUGCACCUUGGUCAGGCUCACUAUCGGGUCUUGCGGUCGGGCGCCAUGAGGGGCCUGCGUGCAGAGCGGAAGGGUGCCAACCCUGUCCUUCACUUGGCCAGUGGUCAGUUUUUGGCCGACCCAGAAGCCUGGGCGAUUUGUCAGACCUUUCGGGAUGCGCGGGAACUUGGUGGCUAUGAGCGCAUGGAGCAAAUCCUUGGGCUUUUCACUGACUCAGCAGACAUGUUGCCCAAGAAUGGGCCAACCGCGGUGUUGCUGUCCCGUAUACGUCGCCUUGGUUGGGUCGUUGGAGGUGGUGGACUUAUCCAAGAUAGUCUCGGUACUUUCUCCCUGUUUGAUGCGGCGUGGGAUGAAAUUGGUGUUCGUAUGCGUUUGGCUUGGUCUCAUGUUCUUUCGGUUGAAGCCGCCCAUCGGCCUACCUUUGGUGGUUUGGACUCGGUUGAUGUUGUCGCUACCCAACAAGCAGUUGAGCAUUUCAGCCCGGCAGAUCAAGUUUAUCUCCGUUGCCAUCUUGACGGGACGUUAUUUGUUCAAAACGGCAGGGCCAAGUUCCAACCUGGCGUCUCAGAUGUUUGUCCUUGGUGUGGUCAAAAAGAUGGAUUUCUGCAUCGGGCUUGGGUUUGUGUCCAUUUUGAGCAUUGCAGGGGUCAUUUCACACCUGCCCAGAGGCGUGCUGCUUUGGACUUGCCGGAGUGCUUCUCUGUCCAUGGUUGGGCCGUUGUCCUUGAGGAGUGGCGUGUCUUUGUCGGUCUUCUCCUUCAGGAUUCAGGGUUCUCACGGAUGUCACCUGUUGGCCUACCCAAACUUGCAACUUCCCAGUGGUGUGACUUGUUUCUUGAUGGCACGUGUGCUCACCCAAAAGAACCUAUGCUGCGUUUUGCGGCUUGGGCGGUGACUCUGGCCAGUGGUGGCCCUGGUGUGUUGGACAAUCAGCUCACUCUUGCAGGACAUGUUACUGGCCUUUGUCAAUCGGCUUUUCGUGCAGAAUUGAUGGCAGUCUAUGAAGCACUGCGAUGGGCAUCUCAGAGGUGCCUACGAGUCAGGUUGUGGAGUGACUGUCUGGGGGUGGUUCAAGGGGUUCGAAGACUGCUUUCAGGAGGAGUCGUCAAACCUAACAAAGCGCAUUCAGAUUUGUGGAGAGCCAUUGCCUCAAUUUUGCAUGAGGGGGUGAUUGAGGUGCAGAUUAUCAAAGUGGUUUCACAUUGCAGCAUUCGCUCCGCUACCAACUGUGAAGAGGAAUGGGCAUAUUGGCACAACCAACUCACUGAUCAGGCCGCUGUUGCGGUGAACACAAGGCGACCAGACGAGUUUUGGGUAGCGUGGGAUGCGCUAUCGAUUGCGCUGACCGAGCGGCGCAAGCUACACAUGGCAGUUUUGCAGAUACCUAUUUUGCGCGGCAAGCUAGGGCCGACGCAAUUUGACUUGUCCUUGGGAACCCUUUGUGGGCUUUGGAACACGCGCUUCCUGCAAUACUGUGCCCAGCACCAUCCUCUGGUGGUUCCUCUUUGCAGCUGUGUAGCAUCGUGGAGCAAGAUUCAAGGAGUGAACGAUUCGCCCAAUGGACUCCUGAGCACUUAUUCCGAAUUGGGUCGGAGCCUGGUGGAAUUCUUUGCCUUCGUUGGCAGCUUCAGGUGGGACUGCUGGGUGGCCUCGGUCCGCGCCGGAUGCGCGCUGCCGCGCAGCGUGAAGGGUCGCGCCUGGCGCGUGGCGCCGCUCUGUGUGGAGGAUCCCUUCGAAACGCACCUGAACACCUGCAGGCGUGUCAAUCCCCGAGCCCGGCGGCAGAUCUUGGCAGCCUUUCAAACAGCGCUCAGGAAUCUCUUGCAAGGUAAGGGCUUGCAAGCGCUUCUCGGAGCAUUUGAAAGCCCCGAGCCUCUGCCUGCCCGGAUCUAUGCAGCGGAUGAGCUGCGAUGUGCGAUCGCUCGGAGGAAAAACGUGCGGACAGGUCAAGAUGGAGGAUACCCAAGUUGA